AAGACUUAAGCGGAGACUGCUGCGAAGCCGCCGCAGCGGCAGCACGGAGCGGGCUGCAGAGGAGCCUGCGCCCAGGCGGGCGGACGCGCAGCGACUCCGCGCAGCCGCCGACUGCGGACCGGCCUGCGCCCCACGCCAGGCCGGCUGGGUCCGGGCAGGGCGGCGGGCCUCCCCAGGUGUCCACGUGGACGGACUUCCUGGAGCUGGCUCCCCGCCCCUGAGGAGUCCGGGAUCUCACCGGGUUUCAAGCAGGACCCGUGAGCCCGGGUCCUUGUCCCCGGGCAGCGACGCCGCGCGUGACGGCCCGGGCGCUGGAACCCCGAGUCCCGUGCUCCCCACGAGCCCUCCCUGCAGCCGCAUCCUCGCUCCAGGCCGCUUAUUAAUCCCGAGGGCCCCGGGAUCUGGAGUCUGGGGUAGGGACCAGCAGGGACACCGAAGCACGGAAAAGUUAAACCCGACUCGGGAAACCUCCAGGGGGCCGAGGACGUGCGCAGGGCUCCGUCCCCGACUCAGCACGCGUGUUAGCGAAUGUGCGGUCACUUUAGGGCAGGCGAGGGGCGCGACAGGAGUGCAAGACUAGUAGCUCGCCGGUGUCACCUGUGACUGCACCGCUGCCCAGACGACCCCAGGUACAGCCACGAAUGAAUGACCCGCGGCGCCCGAGCGCACGGCCGAGCCGGGUCUGAGGUCAGAAACUGUGAUUGGGGACCCGGGGGCGUGGAUCCGGGGUCGGGGAUCCGGGGAUCCAAGGAUCCGGGGACCCGGGGGCGGGUCUCUGGGACCUCGGACCGCGGCCCCGCGCGCGCCUCCCCGCGGCCCCCACCCGUCCUCGCCGCACUCCUCCUCCUCCGGCUGACCCCUCCUCCGGCUCUCCGUCCUCCCAAUCGUCGUCCUCCUUACCGCCGCAGCGCGAGCUCCGCGCGCUCCGAGCAUCCGGGGACCCGCCCGCCGCCCGCGGUCUCCGGGGUCGCCGCCCGGGUCCGCUGCCCUGCGCCCCGCCCGAGGCCGCAGCAGCGCGGCGAGCUCCGCGCGCGCCCCGUGCGCGCCCCCGCCUCCGCGCGCGGCCCCGCCAACUCACCGACCUCGGCGGCGCCCGGGACGCAGCGCGCAGCUCCGCUCCCCGCGCCGCUCGCGAGAAAGCGCGGCCGAACCGCGCGCGCCGGGCUUAGAAGCGGAGGGCAGGGCGGCACCCGGGAAAGUUCCCGGCCCCUCCCCGGUCCAGGGCGGGCGCAGGGAGGGGCCCGGGCCCGGACCGGCUUCCGGACUCGGGGGUCGCCCCCUGGCUCGGCCGGAGCGCGAGGUCGCCGUGCGUCCGCGCACCGCGGGGCUGGGCUGGCGCUGGCGACGCCCCCGGUCACCUGUGCCGUGCUUGGCCUGGAAGGCUGCGAGAGUGUGACCAAAAUAAACCUGGAAAGAGUGAAAUUCUCGGCCCCGCCUGCCUGCACCGGGCUCCCCUGCAGCUCGGGGACCCCGGGGGAGCGGUGGCUCCCGGGUGACCUAGCAGGCGUCUUAGAAAUGGUCCCAGGAGCUUUUCUCUGGGUUGGCUUGCGGUUCGUCCACCUGCUGGGCGGUUUUCGACGCCACUCUGGGCAGCUUGGACCUUACCUAGGAUUGGAGAAACCUGACCCUCCCUUUGCUGCAUUUGAGAACUAGUGUUUUGAGUUCCAUCUUCCAGAUGGGGGCCUUAUGUUUAGGGUUUGCACUUGCUCCUGGGACUUCCAGAUUAUCAACAAAAAUAAUGAGGCACCUCUGGGUGUCUGGUGUGGCUGUCAUUUGCAUAAUCAUUUUUCUGUGUUUAUUAAACAUGUUGGUGGCAGAAAAGAACGAGUCAGGCCAGUGCUCAAAGCUCUGAGAUGUUGUCACAACACAAAAGCCCCUGCCCGUGAAAUGGGUCUGAAAUUAACCACAGGGGCAAACAUCACCGGUGGAAACUGCGCUCCUUUUAAGCCCCGGAAGGGUAAGAACCUCGAAGAGAACGCUGACAAUUGAAAUUUAGUUUCCUUGGGUUUAUUUUUCCUUUUCUAUAAGGAGUUCCUUUUCAGUUUUACAAAGUCUGGGCGCCUUGCCCAGCCGGUAAUCGCAAAUGGAAUGGUUGGCUGGGAUGCAGCAAAUGGAAAUGAGAAUUGGAACCAGCAGCUUUUGCCAAUAAUCAUGGAUCUAAUUCAGAACCUUGCACUGGUCCCCGGAUUGAUCACAUGGAAGCAUGAGAUGCCAAGGUGUGCCAUGGCUGGGCAAGUUGGGUAAGCAGCCCACCUAGCCCUGUGAUGGGACCCUGAGGUUUGGCACUUGUGCAGAGGGGCCAGAGUGACACAGCUUGGGAAAAAUCCCGCCACGGGCUUUGUGUCCCGUGUUCCUGGGAGAAGACAGACGUCCCAGAACCUGCAGUGUUUGUGUGCCGCAUGAGAGGCCUCCUGAAGCCCUUUCCUGGGCUAGGCUGGUGGGCAGGGCUGGUGUGGUGCUGGUGGUAGCACAUACCUGUCAUCCCAGCACUUGGGAAACUGAGGCAGGAGGAGCCCUGCAAGUGCAAGGCCAGCCUGGAUUACGUAGCAAGACCUUGUCUCAAACAAAACAAAACAAAGAAAACCAGAAAGUAGUGGUGCUGAAUCUUCUUGGAGGAAGUGUGCAUAGGUAAUGGCGAUCCUAUCAGUGUUUCCUAAGCCAGGCUAUCUGUGCUCUCACCGGCUUGUCUUCCAUUGACAGAGCAAGCUGAUUGUCUUAGGGAAACAGUCCUGUAGGGCUGCUGAUCCACUGCUGCUCUGUCCACACCAACCCCCGUUAUGAAACUUCACGCUUGGGUCCCAUGAUUUCACCAAGAAUGGCCACAGGCACCUUCUCAACAUCUUCUGCCGCGGGAGGGGUUUGGGUUUGGUUUUCCAUUUUGGGUGUGAGCUGGGUGUGAUGGCUCACACCUGUCAUCCCAGCACUCUGGGAAGCUGAGGCAGGGAUAGUGAAAGUUCCAGCCCAGCCUGGGCACUGUAUCAGACCCUGUCUCAAAAUAAAAAAUAAAAAUGGGCUGGGAAUGUAGCUUUGUGAAAAGCUCCUGGGUUCAAUCCCCAGGACCACACAGAAAGUAAGAAUGAUAGUCAAGAGCUCUGCGAAGGAGGAGGAGCUGUGCCACGUUCUCUGUUUCCUUUGGAGGCCACAGAGCUCGGGCCUGGCAUCAACCUGGCUUUAUCUGGGAUGCUAAGAGUGACCAAGAGCCUCUGAUGACCCAGGACAGGUCAGGAGACUCGAGUGGGGAUAGGCAGCAGGAAGUGACACAAGACUCAGUGGCUCAUCAGGAGAACCUGACACUGCAGUGGGCAUGGAGAGCCUCUCGCUGAGCCAGGGCCCCCAGGACGGAGCCCCACCACGGCUCCCGCCACCAUCAGGGAAAGCACUGCCCACAGCUGGCAUUGUUGGGAGGGCAGGUGGCCAGCCACUUCCCAAAGCAGAGUGGAGUCCUCCUUCGGUGUCUUUCUGAGGCCUGAUAAGAAACUCAGUGACUGCCCCUGUAAGUGCCAUCCACUCUUGGGAGGCGGAGGCAGGAGGACUGCAGACCAGGGCCACUGAGCACCUCACUGAGACCACACCUCACAGUCAGAGGUGAAGAAGGGCUGUGGUUGUGGCUCAGUGCACAGGCUUGGGCUCAAUCCCCAGGACAGGAAAGAUAAAAAGGCUUGUGAACAGCGAGAUUGUGGGGUUCAGCUCGGCUAGCGUUUGUCUCUUCCCUAGCACACACGCGCAUGCACCAUAGAAAUCAUCCCUAGACUUGCAAAGUACACAGGUCCCGUGUGAUGUUCUCAGACAGCAGGAACUCCAUGCCCCAGCUCUUCAUUAUUUAGGGCCCAUGUCGGGGACAGCCCAGGGCAAGCCAGGGACAAGUGGCUCAGCCACUGGGACCCUGGCCCUGUGCCCCCAUGAGAGGUUCCCAGGUGGCACCUACUACCAGUCCUGCUUUGCCUUGGGGUAAAGCCAAGGAUCCCUGGCUGCUAGGCCAGCACCUGGGUCCUGGGCAUCAUCAGUAGUCAGCAGGGUCUCCCAAGACCAGGCUGGAAUCCAGGAGCCUGAGGAAAAGGCACAGCUUGCCUUACCUGAACUACAUCCUGGUCUCCAAUCCCACCUGCUCUUGACCAAACUGGCCAUUUUAACUAAAGGAUACUCAUGAUUGAUAUAUUCUGCCAGCAUCCCAGCAUUCAGGAGGCUGAGGCAGGAAGAUUCCCACAAACUCAAAGUCAGCCUGGAAUACAAAGCAAGACCCUGCUCAAAGGCAUAAAAAUAAAUAAGAGACCAAACUAUCAGGUGAGAGUAGAAAAAUAGGAUCUUUGGUUGGUUGGUUUUUGGUUUUAGGGUCAAGGCUGGCCUUGAACUCCCUAGGUCACACGGGCUGGCUCUGAGCUCCCUGUGAUUACAGGUGAUUUCCACUGCACCCAGCUCAGUAGAGAAAUAGCACCUUGAUAGGAGUUUAAGAAAGAAAUAUAUGAGUAUAUUUUUCUUUAUGGUAGAGUAGUACUCCACUGUAGGGGAGAAAGGAGAAAGGUUUGAAAAACGAGGGAAGGAAGCCAACAAAAGAAAAGGACAAAUUUCUAGAUGUUGAAAGUCAACAUCUAGCUGGGUGUGGUGGUGCACACCUUUGAUCACAGCAUUUAGGAGGCUGAGGCAGGAGGGACACUGUGGGUUCGAGGCCAGACUGAGCUACAAAGUGAGUGCAGAGUGAAACCCUGUCUCAAAAAAAAAAAG